GCGUAUUUUGUUCGCUUAUUUUGCAGAUAAAGUCAUGAAAAAGAUGCUAGAUUGGCCGAGGUGCUUUAACAUCAUCAAUGGUAUUGCUCAGGGGCUUAUGUACCUCCAUCAAGAUUCUCGUCUCAGAGUUAUCCACAGAGACCUCAAAACUAGCAAUAUAUUACUAGAUUCAGAUAUGAAUCCCAAAAUAUCAGACUUUGGUCUUGCAAGAACAUUUGGAGGCAACGAGACAGGUGCCAACACAAGCCGAGUAGUAGGGACAUAUGGAUACAUGUCCCCAGAGUAUGCUGUAGACGGCAUGUUUUCAGUGAAAUCAAAUGUGUUUAGCUUUGGUGUUCUGGUGCUUGAAAUCAUCAGUGGCAUGAGAAACAGAGGAUUCACUCAGAAAAAUCACCGCUACAACCUUCUUGGACACGCAUGGAUGCUUUAUAAAGAAGAAAGGUCACUUGAAUUUGUCGACAAAUGUGUGGAAUAUUCAAGUUAUGUAUAUCAGGUUGUGCGAUCAAUCCAUGUCGGUUUUUUGUGCGUGCAAGAACAGACAGAAGAGAGGCCGAACAUGUCUUCAGUGGUUCUGAUGCUCAAUAAUGAUGGAGUGCUGCCUGAAUCCAAACAACCUAGCUUCUUCACAGGAAGAGAUAUAAAACCAAAUGAAACUUCCCAUAGCUCCAACACUGCAAGUUCCGUUAAUGCAAUAACCAUAUCGCUGCUAGAGGCUCGUUAACAAAUUCAAUGUAAAAGUUAUAGAUUGGGAAAUUGUGCAAACAUUUUUUUUGUGUACACCUUGUUGUUCAAAUUGUAGUUGAGAGGGAAACAUAGGAUCUAAAUGCUGGUGGAUAUCAAAUAACUUUAUC